GCCAGAUUGCAUGGACGGGCCUGUUUCAAAGAUAGUGGAAUUGGAGGAAACGUAACAAAAGGGGAUUUUGAAAUGCAUCAGUCAGAUGGAAUUUUGAGACGCGCUUAACGUAUGCCUUUCUUGGAAUAAGCAUGAAGCUUCCAGAACACAUUCCGCUUCUGAAGGUCCUUUUCCUGGCACAUUUCAGCUUCACUGUAGGACUACAAAAAGCUCCUCGAAUCACGACCUUGCUGGAGACCGUGGAUGUGUUGCUGGAUCACAACGCUACGUUCAUCUGUGAAGUCCUUUCAUACCCCCCGGCCGACAUAACAUGGACACGCAAUAAUAUUCAGAUUCGUCCCUAUGAUUCCCGCUACCUGACCAGAGAAAAUGGCCAGAUGCUUAUCAUUCCCAAUGCAAAAGACACUGACAAUGGGGAGUACUGCUGCAUCGCUGACAAUGGAAUCGGAGAGCCUGCCAAAAGCUGUGGGGCCCUGCAAAUGAAAAUGAAGCCCGAAAUCAAGAGGCAUCCCACUAAUGUGACGCUGCUCAUUGACUCAAAGGCGGUGUUACCCUGUGUGACUCUGGGGAACCCGAAACCCCAUAUUUCCUGGAUCAAAGAUGAUGAUCUUGUGAAGAUUAAUGAUCGCAUAUCCAUUCUGGAUUAUGGAGCCUUAAAAAUUCAUAACAUCAAGAAGGAAGAUGCAGGCCAUUACCGUUGUGUGGCAAGGAAUAGCUUUGGAAUCGCUUUCUCAAGACUUGUGACAAUUGAAGUUCAGGCUCCUGCCAGGAUAUUAAAAGUCCCAAAAGAGAAACGGGUUGCUUUUGGGACAGAAGUGAAGCUUGAGUGUAAUGCCACCGGAAAUCCCGUCCCUACUAUAACAUGGCUGGAAAAUGGAAAUACUAUAUUGGGAGCCUCGAUAGAGGAGACGCUGGUUGGAGAGGUUAUCGUCUCCGUGCUCCGAGUUGUGGCAAACCGGCCCUCUCUGUACACCUGCCUGGCGACCAACCACCACAGCGGGGGGGCUAACACGGUGAAGGCCACAGCCAAGGUCACUGUCUCAGAAUGGAGACUGUACAAGGGCACCCUGGGAUUCUGCAGCCCGUACCGGGGUGGUGUGUGCAGAGGGUCGCGGGGUCAGGACGCGCUGGUGUUCUUUAACUCCUCCCUGCCCGACCCGGAGGACUCGCAGGAGUUCCUGGCCCAGAAUGCCCUGGGGAAGCUGGAGGAGGUGGGCUCAUUAUGCCGCCCUGCCGCACGCGCUUUGAUGUGCCACCACAUCUUCCAGGAGUGCAAUCCGACAGGCCUCGGCCCCGCCCCCAAACCCGUCUGCAGAGAGCACUGCCUGGCAGUGCAGCACCUGUACUGUCAGAGGGACUGGGCCUCCAUGGAGGACAGCUUCACCCAAGGCCUCUACAGCCCAGGAGCGAGAGCCCCCUUACCCAACUGCCUGCUCCUGCCCAGCCAACAGACCGCUCCCUCUCUCUGCACAGCCAUCCCGUUUGUGGACAUCGAGAGAGAUCAAGUCACAAAAAAAUGUUAUAACGAAAGAGGACGCUUUUACCAAGGCUCAGUCAAUGUGACAAGUUCUGGAUUUCUAUGUCAGAAGUGGAGCCAUCAGGAUCCUCACCUCCACCAGCUCUCCCCGGACAUUAUUCCUGAGUUGCGGAAUGCUGAGAACUACUGCCGAAAUCCCGGCGGAGAGAGGGAGAGGCCCUGGUGCUACACCACCGAUCCGCUUCUCCGACGGGAAUAUUGCAACGUUCCUAAAUGUGGUGAUGUGUUCAUCACUGAGUCCUCGUUUCCUGAACACGUCACCCCUCCGUCCACGUCUCCCACCUACUCCAUGAGCGUCAUCAUAUUCCUCAUCCUGGGCUUCGCGGUCGCGGCCUGCUUCAUCAUCAUCGCACUCAGCUGUCGGAGACGGAAGAAACUCUGGAAGAGCAGAAAAAGGGAAAUGGAAACUUCGGCACUAACCGCUCUGCCAUCAGAACUCUUACUGGACAGACUGCAUCCCAAUCCAAUGUACCAACGCUUGCCACUCCUGCUCAACUCCAAACUCCUCAGUCUGGAGUAUCCCCGGAACAACAUUGAGUACGUUAGAGACAUCGGAGAAGGUGCCUUUGGGAGAGUUUUCCAAGCAAGGGCCCCGGGCCUGCUCCCGGCUGAGCCCUUCACCAUGGUGGCGGUGAAGAUGCUGAAGGAGGAGGCCUCUGCUGACAUGCAGAAUGACUUCCAGAGAGAGGCCGCACUCAUGGCCGAGUUUGACCACCCCAACAUCGUCAGGCUCCUCGGGGUGUGUGCGGUAGGGAAGCCCAUGUGUUUGAUGUUUGAGUACAUGGCCUACGGAGACCUGAAUGAGUACCUGCGGCGUUGCUCCCCAGGCCCCCAGGGAAGCACAAGCGAGGCCAGCCUAUCAGGCCACAGAGUCUCCCCGGACCUGCGGCCGACCAGCCUAUCAGACCACAGAGUCUCCCCCAACUUGCGGCCGACCAGCCUAUCAGACCACAGAGUCUCCCCCGACCUGCAGCCGGCCCGCCUCACCUGCCUGGACCAGCUGUACAUCUCCCAGCAGGUGGCCGCAGGCAUGGCCUACCUCUCAGAGCGCAAGUUCGUCCACCGCGACCUGGCCACGCGCAACUGCCUGGUGGGGGAGAGCCUGACGGUGAAGAUCGCCGACUUCGGCCUCUCCAGGAACAUCUACUCGGCGGAUUACUACAAGGCCAAUGAGAACGAUGCCAUCCCCAUCCGCUGGAUGCCGCCGGAGUCCAUCUUCUACAACCGCUACACCAGCGAGUCGGACGUCUGGGCCUACGGCGUGGUGCUGUGGGAGAUCUUCUCCGACGGGAUGCAGCCCUACUUCGGCAUGGCCCACGAGGAGGUCAUCUACUACGUGCGGGACGGGAACGUCCUGGCCAGCCCGGAGAACUGCCCUCUGGAGCUUUACAGCCUGAUGAGGCUGUGCUGGAGCACACACCCCACCGACCGGCCCAGCUUCGCCAGCAUCCAUCGCAUCCUGGAGCGCAUGCACCAGCAAACACUCCACGCCAGCCAGCCCUGAAGGACCACAGAGGCCCCUUUCUGCUCCAGCCUUCCUACAUACGGACACCCAGCACGGGCCCGGCGGUCACCAUCCGUCAACAAGGAGUACAUUUCCCUGCUGAAAAAAAAACAGCUCAAGCUUGGUCUUGAAACAGCUGAUAGCUGGUUGACCAGUUCAGAACAGCUCUGUACUCAACAUGGUUUGUCCAGCUCAAGCUAUGUUUUGAAACAGCUGGUAGUUGUUCAUUUCAAGUUGAUCAUAGCUGGAUUUUACACCAGGGUUGUCUUUGCAAUAUGAUAGUAGAGAGGAUGUUGGCUAUGGGCAAGAAUCAUAGAAGAUGACCACUGUCUUGGGUGACCACAAACUCAUUUUGUGUUAGACUGAAGAAAACUUGAACAGAGGGUUUAGAGGUCCUUGACUGUAGUGGCCUUGGAGUGUUGAGCCCAGGUCAGUAAAUGUGGUUACCAAAGAAAUGCCAUUCCUGUUGUGGUGAUUAUCUCUGUUAUGGAAGGACAUUUCAUCCAACAAACAGUUGGUUUCAAGCACCAGCAGGAGAGUGGAAUAUUGUCAGUGUUAGACCACAUAUAAUAGUUGCCUUUUGCGUGUUGUUUAUUUUUGUUGUUGUGUUUGCUUUAAUCACACAAGUGUACGUAUAUACCCAUCUGUUGCUAUUCUGGGAAGUGGAGCGAGGACAAUGCUGACACGUGUGAACUUCACUCAAAUCUAUUUGGCUGUUAUGUGCAGUUUACAUAGUAAAUACUGACUUAUCUCACUAAUAUAUGUAAGCAUAUUUGAGUCAAAACGCCAUAAUUUAUAUGGAAAGGGUUGUAUUCCAAAAAUGGCACAUAAUCACUUUAAGCUUUUUGUUGUCUACUUCUGUUGUUCAUGAUGUUAUUCCACAAUGGGAUGUCUUCAUAUAGUUUCUGUACUUGUAUCCCUUUACUGUAUUGCAGUUAUCAUGCAACAAUCCUUUUUAAAGAGCUUCAGUAACUUUGAUGAUCCAUCCAUUAUCUAAACGCUUCUUCCUGGUCUGGGAUGUGGAAGGGCAGGACCUUACUGGGCGAGAGGCAGGAACACACCCUGGGCAGAUUGGCAAUCCAUCGGUCCGUCUUGCUGUGAAGCAACAAUGUCCACUUCACUGCUGAAUUUUCACCAGUUAAAAGAUAUUUUGGCUGCUUUCAUUUUCAUUUUGAUCUGGAGUCUCGAGUAUUGACCCAAGCAUGAGAGAAGUUUGAGCCAGAAAUGUAAGCAAUUCAAUAUUUUUACAGACUCCAUCCAUAGUGCUACCUGAAAUGAAUUUGCUAGCAAUCCGCAUGCCGUUGAAUAAAUUGGUGUGGUGUGGUUAUAACCAAAAUCAUUACAAUAUCUUGUUGGGAUGUUUAUAGUUUAUUUGCUUUAUUUGGAUCCCCAUUAGUCACUAAAUGUGCUCGAUCUUCCGACUAGAAUUAAUACACCCAAUUUUUAUUUGCACAUUUUUAUUGGGUGUCUGAUGCUUUGUAACUAUUAAACAAAUAUAAAUGUAUUUUGGCAUUUGCUCAAGUGGAGGCAUCAUGUUAAGCAAACAAUUAAAGGUUCCUGCUUUGACAUUUACAUUAAGGUGAAUGUGCUAUUGACAUGAAGCUCAAUUAUUGAAGGGUCCCCUAAUGAGAAACCUUGGCAGGGCAUUAUGUUUUAUUUUUUUCAGCGUGAUCACAGAUGUGCUAUAUGAAACACAUUCACAUGCACACUGAUUAUAGCAAUAUACACACAUGCAUGUAUUUUUUCAUCGGUAUUUACCUUAUGCAUUUCAGAAUACAGUUCUAUGGAUGUCGUAAAUAUACUGUAUGUCCUUACAUAGAUGUUUAUGUAGUUCAAUUAUUGUUCAGUUGUUCAAUUAUAUUAUAGUGAUCAUAAAUACACUAAUAUAUUUUUAUUUUGCAAUGAGUGAUUUUUUUAAAGCAUUGACACAGUAUGUAUCAAAGUUAUUGUUAAGUAAUAGUUACAGUAUGUGGCUCCUGCACUGCUGGCAUUAAAAAUAUGUGAGACAGAUGGCGCUGUUUCACAACAAUUUCACAAGAUUUCAAUAAACCUGUA